GCCCGUGGCCGCGCGCCGCCGUCUUUGCUGCGGCCCCGACGCCCGCGGUCGGCACUUCUGUGGGCGAGUGUCCCGGACAGCUCCCGGCGAGGAUACUGGGAGAGCCACUCACCGAAAGGGUUGAAGCUGAGGAGAGCGCUUUAUUGGGAGUGCUGCAUCAAAGUGUGGAAAGGGGGCCCUUUUCAUUACAGUCACCAGGGAUCUUGGAAAAGUUGCAGUUUUCAUCUUUCAUCUCCUCAUUUCUCCUUGGCUUUGGUAACACAAGGUUUUAUCCAUAAGGUGACCAUGGAGGCUGGCGUCCUCCCCCUGGAGCUGUGGCGCAUGAUCUUAGCCUACCUGCCCCUUCCCGACCUGGGCCGUUGCAGCCUAGUGUGCAGGGCCUGGUAUGAACUGAUCCUCAGUCUUGAUAGGACUCGCUGGCGGCAGCUGUAUCUGGGCUACACUGAGUGUCGCCACCCCAACUGGCCCAACCAGCCUGAUGUGGAACCUGAGUCUUGGAGGGAGGCCUUCAAGCAGCAUUACCUUGCCUCCAAGAUGUGGACCAAGAAUGCCGCUAUCUUGGAGACCUCUGUCUGCUUUUCUCUAUUUCGCCGGAGGAGGACACGUCGUACCCUGAGUGUCGGGCCAGGCCAUGAGUUUCACAGCCUAGGCAGUGCCCUGGCCAUGUCCAGCCUAUUUGACCGAAUCCUGCUGUUCCCAGGUCUGCACGAAGAGCAAGGUGAAAUUAUCCUGAAGGUGCCCGUGGAGAUCGUAGGCCACGGGAAGUUGGGCGAAGUGGCCCUGCUAGCCAGCAUUGACCAGCAGUGCUCAACCACACGCCUGUGCAACCUCGUCUUCAUGCCAGCCUGGUUCUCACCCUUCAUGUUUAAGACAACUUCAGGUCACGUCCAGUUUGACAACUGCAACUUUGAGAAUGGACACAUCCAGGUCCAUGGCCCGGGCACCUGCCAAGUGAAGUUUUGCACCUUCAAAAACACCCAUGUCUUUCUGCACAAUGUGCCCCUGUGUGUCCUGGAAAACUGUGAAUUCGUGGGCAGUGAAAACAACUCUGUGACUGUUGAGGGCCACCCGUCCUCAGAAAACAACUGGGCCUACACGCAUCUCUUAGGGCUUAUCAGGUCCUCUCCUGGCGUGCUCCCGACAGAGGACUCUGACUCUUUAAUGUCCUUGGACCUGGAAAGCAGGGACCAGGCCUGGAGCCCAAGAACCUGUGGCAUUGUCAUUGAGGGUAGCCAGAGCCCUACCAGCCCAGCAACUGGCUCCCCCAAGGCUGGCUCACAGGAGGCAGAGGUGGGCAGUGAUGGGGAAAGGGUGGCCCGGACCCCAGACAGCAGUGAUGGAGGCCUGAGUCCCAGCGGUGAGGAUGAGGAUGAGGACCAGCUCACGUACAGACUGUCCUACCAAGUGCAGGGCCCGCGGCCGGUCCUGGGGGGCUCCUUUUUGGGCCCACCACUGCCGGGAGCAUCCAUCCAGCUGCCCAGCUGCCUGGUGCUGAACUCACUACACCAGGAGCUGCAGAAGGACAGGGAGGCCAUGGCGCUGGCCAGCUCUGUGCAGGGCUGCCUCAUCCGCAAGUGCCUGUUCCGGGACGGGAAGGGAGGCGUCUUCGUUUGCUCUUAUGGCCGAGCCAAGAUGGAAGGAAACAUCUUCCGGAACCUGACUUACGCGGUGCGAUGUAUACAUAAUAGCAAGAUCAUCAUGCUCAGGAACCACAUUCACCACUGCAGAGCGUCAGGCAUCUUUCUUCGCUUGGAGGGCGGAGGCCUGAUCGCUGGCAACAACAUUUACGACAACGCAGAGGCUGGCGUAGACAUCCGGAAAAAGUCCAACCCUCUCAUUCUGUGUAACCAGAUCCACCACGGCCUUCGCUCUGGCAUUGUUGUCCUUGGCAAUGGGAAAGGCAUCAUCCGGAACAAUCAAAUCUUUUCAAACAAGGAGGCUGGCAUUUACAUCCUGUACCACGGAAAUCCAGUCGUGAGCCGGAACCACAUUUUCAAGGGCAGUGCAGCCGGCAUAGCUGUGAAUGAGAAUGGCAGAGGCCUCAUCACAGAAAAUGUCAUCCGAGAGAAUCAGUGGGGAGGUGUGGACAUCCGCCGAGGAGGGGUCCCCAUCCUCAGGAGCAACCUCAUCUGCUUUGGCUAUUCCGAUGGUGUUGUUGUCGGGGAUGAAGGCAAAGGCCUGCUAGAAGGAAACACCAUCUACGCUAAUAAGGGCUGUGGUGUGUGGAUGAUGUCGUCCAGCCUGCCCCACGUCACCAGCAACCACGUCAGCUACAAUGGCCUGUAUGGAGUGGCAGUGUUCAGCCAGAAGGAUGGCUCCGGGGAGUCCCCUGGAGGCCACGGGGCCCAGGAGAACUUCGGCGAGGACGGGGACGCCACCCUCUGGGAGACGGAGCUGGAGAAGGAUGACGACCUGCUGCGCCGGCCCAUCACCGCAGCUCUGGUCGAGUCUAACACUGUUAAUCACAACGGAGCUUCAGGACUCUAUGUCCAGAGUAGUGAGGUGCUGCAUGUCAUCACCAACGUGAUCCAUGCUAACGGGGACAGAGGCAUCACUGUGGCCCAGAGCAGCCAGCUCACCCGUGUGGCCAACAACAGCAUCUCCUGCAAUCACCAGAGUGGGGUCAAGGUCGAGGCCCAGUGCAAAGUGGAGUUCCGAGGCAAUGGUAUCUAUGACAACAGAGGCCAUGGCAUCAUCACCAAGGGUGACAGCACUGUCAUUGAAAACGACAUCAUUGGCAACCGGGGUAGCGGGCUGCAGCUGCUGCCCACGUCCGACACGAAGGAGUCCCUGAGGUGUGACAAGCUCUGGCUGCCUCUCCCAGGUAAUAAAGAACCGGAUCCAUUCAUUCCGGGCCUACGGCAUUGCCGUGCAGGGCCGUGCCAAGGCUCUGCUGCAGGAGAACACCGUCUUCCAGGGCAAGACCAACAAGACCAUCUUUCAGCAGAUCUCAAACAACCAAGAAUGCAUCAUGCAGAACAACAAGUUCUUGGUCUUCAAGAAAAAAGAGAGCUGGAUUCUGUCUUCCUUCCUCCACUGCCCCUGGCCCCCAGCACGAGCACCACACACCUCAGCCGCUCCCACUGCCUCAGAAGAACCUUGAAGAGCUGAGUCUGGGGGACUUCCCUGGUGGCACAGUGGUUAAGAAUACACCUGCCAAUGCAGGGGACACUGGUUCGAUCCCUGGUCUGGGAAGAUCCCACAUGCCGCGGAGCAACUAAGCCUGUGUGCCACAACUACUGAGCCUGCGCUCUAGAGCCCGUGAGCCACAACUACUGAGCCCGCGUGCUGCAACUACUGAAGCCCGCACACCUAGAGCCUGUGCUCCACAACAAGAGAAGCCACCGCAAUGAGAAGUCCAUGCACUGCAACGAAGAGUAGGCCCCUCUUGCUGCAACUAGAGAAAGCCCGCACGCAGCAACGAAGACCCAACGCAGCCAAAAAUAAAUUAAAAAAAUAAUAAUAAUAAAUAAAAAACACAGAUGUUUAAAAACAA